UCGGGUAUUUCCGUGUCCCGCUCGUAGGUACUCGGCAAUCUCUCGGUCUCCCCAUCCCCCGGUAACGGUCGCUGGUGAGUUUAAAUGAGCCGGGGCUGGCAGGGCCGGAGCCGCUACGGGGGGGCCUGAGGCACUGCAGAAAGUGGGCCUGAACCUCAACGAUGACGGUGCUGCAGGAACCCGUCCAGGCUGCUAUAUGGCAAGCACUAAACCACUAUGCUUACCGAGAUGCAGUUUUCCUUGCAGAACGACUGUAUGCAGAAGUACACUCAGAAGAAGCCUUGUUUUUACUGGCAACCUGUUAUUAUCGCUCAGGAAAGGCAUAUAAAGCAUAUAGACUCUUGAAAGGACACAGUUGUACAACACCACAGUGUAAAUAUCUGCUUGCAAAAUGUUGUGUUGAUCUCAGCAAGCUUGCAGAAGGGGAACAGAUCUUAUCUGGUGGAGUAUUUAAUAAGCAGAAAAGCCAUGAUGAUAUUGUUACAGAGUUUGGUGAUUCAGCUUGCUUUACUCUUUCAUUGCUGGGACAUGUAUAUUGCAAGACAGAUCGGCUUGCCAAAGGAUCAGAAUGUUACCAAAAGAGCCUUAGUUUAAAUCCUUUCCUCUGGUCCCCCUUUGAAUCAUUAUGUGAAAUAGGUGAAAAGCCAGAUCCUGACCAAACAUUUAAAUUAACAUCUUUACAGAACUUUAGCAACUGUCUGCCCAACUCUUGCACAACACUAGUAUCUAAUCAUAGUUUAUCUCAUAGACAAACAGAAACAGUUCUUACGGAAACACCCCAGGACACAAUUGAAUUAAACAGACUGAAUUUAGAAUCUUCCAAUUCAAAGUACUCCUUGAAUACAGAUUGCUCAGUGUCUUAUAUUGAUUCAGCUGUAAUUUCACCAGAUACUGUCCCUCUUGGAACAGGAACUUCCAUAUUGUCUAAACAGGUUCAAAAUAAACCAAAAACUGGUCGAAGCUUAUUAGGAGGACCAGCUGCACUUAGCCCAUUAACCCCAAGUUUUGGGAUUUUGCCAUUAGAAACCCCAAGUCCUGGAGAUGGAUCCUAUUUACAAAACUACACUAAUACAUCUUCUGUAAUUGACGUGCCAUCCACCGGAGCCCCUUCAAAAAAGUCUGUUGCCAGAAUUGGCCAAACUGGAACAAAGUCUGUCUUCUCACAGAGUGGAAAUAGUCGAGAGGUAACUCCAAUUCUUGUUGCGCAAACACAAAGUUCUGGCCCACAAACAAGUACAACACCUCAGGUAUUGAGCCCCACUAUCACAUCUCCCCCAAACGCACUGCCUCGAAGAAGUUCUCGACUUUUUACUAGUGACAGCUCUACAACCAAGGAGAAUAGCAAAAAAUUAAAAAUGAAGUUUCCACCUAAAAUCCCAAACAGAAAAACAAAAAGUAAAACCAAUAAAGGAGGAAUAACUCAACCUAACAUAAAUGAUAGCCUGGAAAUUACAAAAUUGGACUCUUCCAUCAUUUCUGAAGGGAAAAUCUCCACAAUCACACCUCAGAUCCAGGCAUUUAAUCUACAGAAAGCAGCUGCAGAAGGUUUGAUGAGCCUUCUUCGUGAAAUGGGGAAAGGUUAUUUAGCUUUGUGUUCAUACAACUGCAAAGAAGCUAUAAAUAUCUUGAGCCAUCUACCUUCUCACCACUACAAUACUGGUUGGGUACUGUGCCAAAUUGGAAGGGCCUAUUUUGAACUUUCAGAGUACAUGCAAGCUGAAAGAAUAUUCUCAGAGGUUAGAAGGAUUGAGAAUUACAGAGUUGAAGGCAUGGAGAUCUACUCUACAACACUUUGGCAUCUUCAAAAAGAUGUUGCUCUUUCAGUUCUUUCAAAAGACUUAACAGACAUGGAUAAAAAUUCACCAGAGGCCUGGUGUGCUGCAGGGAACUGUUUCAGUUUGCAACGGGAACAUGAUAUUGCAAUUAAAUUCUUCCAGAGAGCUAUCCAGGUUGAUCCAAAUUAUGCGUAUGCCUAUACUCUAUUAGGGCAUGAGUUUGUGUUAACUGAAGAAUUAGACAAAGCACUAGCUUGUUUUCGAAAUGCUAUCAGAGUCAAUCCUAGACAUUAUAAUGCAUGGUAUGGUUUAGGAAUGAUUUAUUACAAGCAAGAAAAAUUCAGCCUUGCAGAAAUGCAUUUCCAGAAAGCACUUGAUAUCAACCCUCAAAGUUCGGUUUUACUUUGCCAUAUUGGAGUAGUUCAACAUGCACUGAAGAAAUCUGAGAAGGCUUUGGAUACCCUAAACAAAGCCAUUGUUAUUGAUCCCAAGAACCCCCUAUGCAAAUUUCACAGAGCCUCGGUUUUAUUUGCAAAUGAAAAAUAUAAGUCUGCUUUGCAAGAACUUGAAGAAUUGAAACAAAUUGUUCCCAAAGAAUCCCUCGUUUACUUCUUAAUAGGAAAGGUUUACAAGAAGUUAGGUCAAACGCACCUCGCCCUGAUGAAUUUCUCUUGGGCUAUGGAUUUAGAUCCAAAAGGAGCCAAUAACCAGAUUAAAGAGGCAAUUGAUAAACGCUACCUUCCAGAUGAUGAGGAGCCUAUUACCCAAGAAGAACAGAUCAGAAUGCCGUUGGGGGAGGAAAGAUGAUAGAUGUGACAGUAUGUUGAAAACAUUUGGGAACAGAUGAAUCCCAGGAGAGCAGCAUGACAGAUGCAGACGACACACAACUUCAUGCAGCUGAAAGUGAUGAAUUUUAACUUCUGGAAAUCAGACGUUUGCAACUGGAUGUGUGACUAGUGCUGACAUGUUUCUUGUCCCUCCAUAUACUGAGUCUUCACUCUGGAGCCGCCAGUGUCUUCAUCCAUCCCUUAUACCAUGAGUGUGCCACUUUCAUUGGACCCUGACUGAACACAGAAUGAAAGGCAGUGCAAUAUUGAGCUGCUAACAAGACUGGCUCUUUCACCAGUAUGAAUGACAAUUUAGGGGGUUAGGGUGGGAACUUUCUUUUCUUUUUCUUUUUUUCUUUAAUCUCCCUUUGUUGGAAAACUAUCAUGGAAGGAAGAGUUAUGUUUUAUUUUGAAGGAACCAUUAGAUAUGGAAAAUAGUGAUGAAUCAAAAUUUCUUGGUUGUUUUCCCAGAAAUUUGUUUUUAUUUGGUUCUGUUCCUGAUAAACAGAGUGACUGACCUUCAUUUAUAGGUUCUUCAAGAAUGGUGUUAGCAAGUGCCAGAUGGAAUAAUAAAAGACAUUGCCUAUAACAGUAACUUGAUUGCCAAGGAAUGUAAAUUACCUUCAACUUGCAGUGUCUCCCAUAAAUGUAUGGCAUAUUGGGGCUGAUGUGUAGGAAUCAAAUAUCCCUCCAUAACAGUGUACAAGAAUGCUUUAAUGUCUACCCAAGAAUUUUAAUUUAUUCAUCUUGCUUCAAAGUGUUGAUCAUUGUUGUCUUGGUAUUGCAAACUUCAAAGCUGGUCCUUACCAUAUUGCCUCUUCUCUUUGAGCUCUGUGGGAUCACCUUCAGGACUCAGAGAUGAUAGAGUGGUUGCCCACUGAAAAGCCAAAACAAGGCCCAUAACCAACCAUUGAAGUUCACCAUAAGAAAUUAAAAUAAGAACACUAAAGUGGAGAGACAUUAAGAGAUCAUGAUAGUGAAAGCCUUAAUACAGUCAGAAUUGUACCAUAACCUUGAAUCUGUAUUUGUUCAAGACAGUACCCUUUGACUUUUCUGAGUGUUUAAGCAGGGUGCGAGUAUGUGUAGUUACCUUUGUUUGAGGUCAUUUCCCUUCUUUUUGGCUCUCUGCUUCAAAUUAUUUUCAGUAGUGAGUCAGCAAAACUGAGAGUGAUUGGGUUUAGGGUAUCAGAAAUAUUUAGCUGCAAAAAAAAAACUUCUUAUGAAGGCAAUAAAUUCUCUCCUGAGUUUGUCAUUAUAGUGGUUGGUGUCUUUAGGGAAUGGCCACAGUUUUAAAGAUCUAAUUAUGCAUACUAAAAUGGGAAUUACUGGGAUUUCACAGUAACAGAUUUAAAGUCUUAAAUUGUGUAUCUCCUUUAUUGUAAUGUAUUGAAAUUUUUAGAGAAGCUUUAGUUAAUAUUUUAUUAAGUGCCAAUGUUAGAGUAUAACAAAUGAUAGUUUCUUAUGAAUGACAGGCCUACCAUUAUUAUUUUGGAUUUUUUGAUGAAGGACAAACUUAUCUACUGGUUACCUGUAUUUGUUAGUCAAGCUGUGAAAAUAGGUGGAUUACAGAAGAUGUGAAAAUAUUUUAGCCUGUAGGCUCAGUAAUUUUCUAUCAUUUACUAUUAAUCUGCUCAUUUAAAUGUGGAUUAGAUACCAUUAUAAAUUAAUUCAAGUCAGAGUCUUAGAUAUUGGGCACCAGAGAGAUAUUUAACAAAAUUUCCUACCUAAAUCUAUGUAAUAUGUGCUGCCUAAAAAAUAACUUACGAGAAAAGGAAAGGUUUGGAGCAAAUAAAUAUCAUUUAAAGUUCCCCAAGGAAUUUUUGGGUUCUAACAAAUAUUCCAUUUUAUUAUCUGUUAGUUCUAUAAUAUUUAAUUUUAUAUUCUUUUAUUUUUUUAAUUGGCAAAUUAUAAGCCAGCUGUAUAACAGUAUCAAAUACAAAGUUUCACAGAAAGCUUCAACCUGAGGUCUAUGUCACAAAGCCUAGAGAAAGCUAAGCUCAGAACAGAAUUUGUUGAUAUAUAAUUAGUUAUCUUUUUAGAGUAGGAAUUUAUGUCCUGUGCCAGAGGUGAGAGUCUUUCUGGUACUACUUUUGAGACCAACAAUAAAAAGAUAGUUGUGGAAGACACACCAUGGCAAUAGCUGGCUGAGGGACACUCAACCCAAGCUUGGCCAGGUUUCAUUUUUCCUCGCACAUACUUUCAAAGUCAUUUAAGUAUUUGAAGCCUUAUUUUCCACCUAGUAACUGUUUCUGGCUUUGUCCUUCUACCCUCCUUCCAUUCUUUAUUUGCAUGGAAUGGGGAUCAAACAACCAGAAGAGGACAUAUAUUUUGAUCAAGCAAAAUGUUUGCUUCAAAUUUCAGAAGUUACUUUGAAGGAAAUCAGAAAUACUAAGUACUUUAACAUCCUUUUUUGUUCUUUAAGCGUUCACACACACACACACACACUCUCUCUCUCUCUCUCUCUCUCUCUCUCUCUCUUUCUCUCUCUCUCUCUUUCUUUCAUUCAGAAGUUAUGUUGUGGCAUUGGGUAUUUUUCUCCCUUGGAAAUGGUUCUUAACUCCGGGAUUUUAGAAAGUUGGAAAUAUUUUUUCAAGAAAACAAUGGUACUCAACAUAAUGAAAGGUGGUCCCUACUUUUUCUGUAUUUUCUUACUUUAAAAUUCUUAUUUUUUCCAAGAACUGCAAGUAACAUUUGAACCAUGCUGCUGUUGUACCUUAAACAAAAACUCAGUGAUAACCAGUAUUUAGUCUAUUAAAAAUGCUCUUUUUGAAGAAAAAUGUUUGGAAGUCUCUGAUUAGCCAGAGUAUAGAGUGGGUCUUCACUGAGAAAUAUGGUGACCCGACCCGUUUUCUUUGUGAAAACCUGGGAAAAUGCAAGUGUGGAUGUGAUGUGUGUGUUCUAUUUGCAUUGAAACAAUGUGAUUUUGUGUCUUCCUUUUGCUUUUCCUGACUUAUUUCAGAAAUUGUACAGUCUUGGGGGGGAAAGUCUUUUCUGUUAAUAUAUUUGCAAUUCAUUAAAGGAUGUGGAAAAUCCAAAUAAAUUACUUUUGAAAGCAA